AUGCCUUCUGCGAGUUCACUCAGCGGCUACAAGCACGUCGAUGCAUUUGGAGACGAAGAGGAAUACGAGGAAUACAACGAAGAAGUUUCCUACAUUACCUUGGACCUUGGAGUUAUCGAGCCAACUCUUGUGCCAAGCUCAGCGGAAUACAGAUUGAUUGGUCUCGAUACACCAACACCAUUCCUGCAGUUAUCUGGUACAAUAUUUAAGGGCCAACAUGACUUGCUACUCGGGACGGAACUGUUGUUCAUGGAAGAGAAAGACGCGUCCGGGCGAGCUCUUCAUCAUGUCGGAUCGACAGAGCAGCGCAUCCGCUUCAAAGAAGUUCAACUGCAGCGUAAAAGCACGGUAGAUGAUGCACAGCCUGAACAGACCCAAGAUAAAGGCAAAGGCAAAGAAAAGGCUUCGACGAGCACUCUGCCUUCCUUUCUGAGUGGUUCUGAUAAUGUGGAUCUGGUGGACCGGAUCGCGGGAAGUGACGUUCGUCUUGGAGACGAAUCUUUUGAAGCUGCCGAUCCUGACGAUGGUCCAAAAAGGGCUCGGAGAAAAGGAAAGAAGAAAGACUCUGAAUCCGAACAAGUUGGUAGGAGAAGAUCUACGAGAAAGAAACCCGGCGAAGACCAGCCAGCCAUGGAUGGCAACGAGGAGAUGGAUGUUAGUUGA